UCAAGUUAAAUUUUUCUGGAGGUUUUAACGGAUUUUUUUGUAUCGGAUUAAUGCAACUCAUCAGAGUACCGAGCAUGAAACUAGAAAUAGUUCUAAACUCUUGUCCCUACUCUGACUUUUAUUUUGAAAGUUAAUAGCGGAUGUUUGAACUUAACAGUAGAUCACUUACUAGCCAUCAAUGUUACAGCUUUAUUUCAUGAUUUUUGAAUUGGAAGCAUCCUUACUUUGAAUAAUUUCACAAAUGGGAUGAAAUAAAAAUUAGAUAAAAACGAAAGCCUUUAUUUUCGGACAGGAAGUGUUUUUUUCUCUUUAAGUAUAGACACGCCCAUCUGGCAUGAGUGACAAGCACAUACCAGCACGAUCGACUGUAAAUGAUUUACUAAUGCUAAGACCAUUUUUAUUGACAGUGUGCAGUUAAACCAACACACAGACAAACUGCAUUAGCUUCAUUGCCGAAACAUGAAGGUCCUGAACAAAGAGGAACUAAAGAUUGCAGAAGGAGUUCUCCUGAAACACUUUCCCAGGAGUUUAAAGGUAUACGGUUUCCUCUAUGGCAUAAACAGGAAUAAACCAAGCACACUGGAGGUAAUCGUUGAUGCAUGGCCUCAUUUUAACAUCAUCAUUUGUAGACCUGACCCAAAGAACAAGCGCGCUCUGGAAUUCAUGAAAAAAGUCACGUACUACAGCAUGGAUGACCAGAUUUUAAGAAAAGUGCUGACAGAAGAGAAUCCAAUUGACUGGAGCACUUACUUUAUUAUUGGAGGAUUUGACAUUUCCCAUGCCCCCAUCCUCAAAGAAGUAUCUUCUAACAGAGGAAUCAACAACCGAUACUAUACUGCAGUGCACCUUCUCUACUUGCCAGAUAGCACCCAUCUAGUCACACCAGCAGCUGACAGUGAGCUUGAAUCAAGGAUUUCAUCUCUUGACCUUUCCCAUGUUGACUUGGUGAAUAAAACCUGGAAGUUUGGAGGGAAUAAGCAAGGUUACAGGAACAUUGUAAACCUCAUCAGCAACUUCCCAUCAUGCUGCAUCACUGAUGGCCAGGGUCAGCCGCUGUCCUGGAUUCUGGUCUAUGAUUACUGUGCAUUGGGCAUAUUGUACACUCUGCCGGAGCACAGAGGGAAAGGCUACGCCAAAGUCCUGGUCAGCACCAUGGCCAAGAGACUCCAUGCUCAGGGCUAUCCGGUGUACUGCUUCAUAGAGGAGGAGAACGAGACGUCCUACAAGCUCUUUAAAAAUAUGGGUUUCAUUGAAGAUCCCUUAUACAGGGCGGCAUGGUUGGAAUUCAACUUUUGAUUUUGUACUCACUGAGAUAUGUUUCAUAUCUGACAUAAUAUGAGGUACAUUUAGUUUCUUAGUGAAUGAGUAUGUGAGCAAACUAUACAUUUUACAAAUGGUAUAUGCUCUCCAAAGCAUUGCAUCAAAACAUGUUUGGUAACUAUGGUUCCCCUAAAUAAAGACAUGUCAUGAAUA